CAAAAAGUGAAAAGGUGUGCCCCAAUGUAAUUAUGAGCAUGGAAAGAGAAAGACAGAGAGAGAAAGAGAACAUACGCCACAGUAGUCACAGAUCUCUUGACUCUUGAGUCUUCAAGAACAACUACAAAUAAAGUGUCUGCACCCACCACAUAAAAAAAAAAGAGAAAAAGAAAAAAAAAAAAACAUCUCACACACAACCCAAGAAUCAUUAUCCAGGAAAGAUUAUUUCUCUACCUAUUUCAUAAUCUGGGGUUUGCUUUCUCGUCAAGCACUGAACCACACAAAACCUCUCAUUACUUGUUUCUUCACACCCACCACCACAACUACCACCACCUCAAUUCUCAUCCUUUUGUUUUGGUUCCAUCUCAAUAUGUCAUUCCAAGCUGCUUUCUUUCGUGUUUGGUUAACUUAAAUCUGGGAUUUUUUUCCCACCCCAUUUAUCCCAUUGUAACAAAAGAAGAAAAUGAGAUAACAGUGUUGAGUGUUGUGAAAAAAGCAGCAAAAAGCAGUGGUUGUGUUCUCUGAUUAGUGUUCUCUUCUGCAUUGCUUUUGUAUGCCUUUUUGGUUCUGCUUCUUCAGAAACGUUUGCAUUUCAACUUGUAAAAUAUGAGGAAGCAUGGAUGGCAGUUACCUUAUCAUCCACUCCAGGUGGUGGCUAUUGCAGUGUAUUUGUCUCUGGGGUUUGCCUUCUAUGUCUUCUUCGCUCCUUUUGUUGGUAAGAAGAUGUAUCAGUAUGCUGUCAUGGGACUCUACACGCCGCUGAUUACUUGUGUCUUUGGAUUGUACAUUUGGUGUGCAGCAACAGAUCCAGCAGAUCCAGGGGUUUUCAAAUCCAAGAAGUAUCUCAAAAUCCCAUACAGUGAGAAACAUAGUGAACCAAAGAAUUCUAAAUUAGGAGGAGAAUCAACCUCUUCGAUACACGGUGCAAAUGCUUCAACGGUUGGAGCAAUGUCUGUGGACAAGGAGGCACCUGGAACAGAAGGAACUAUGAAAGAUGCUUCUGAUUCAGUAGAGAAGAAGAAUGCAUCGUCAUGUCUUCUCUUGGUAUGCUCUCCUUGUGCAUAUGUCUGCAGCUGCUCUAGCUCAAGCAAGGAAUCUUGUGAUAAGCAAAUAAGCGAAGAUGGCAUGUUCUAUUGCAGCUUGUGUGAAGUUGAGGUCUUCAAGUACAGCAAGCACUGUAGAGUUUGCGACAAGUGUGUAGAUCACUUCGAUCAUCAUUGCAGAUGGCUUAACAAUUGUAUAGGGAAAAGAAACUACCGGCAAUUUUUUGCUCUCAUGGUUGUUGCUAUCCUCUUGCUUAUUCUUCAAUGGUUGACUGGGAUAUUUGUGCUUAUCUAUGGUUUUGUUGAGAGAAAGCAAUUUUCUGCUGACAUCUCCUCCAAGUUGGGAAGUAGUUUCUCUAUUGUUCCCUUUGUCAUUGUGGUGUCUGUUUGCACCAUUCUGGCUAUGAUUGCUACCUUGCCUGUUGCACAGCUUUUCUUCUUUCACAUCCUCCUUGUUGAAAAGGGAAUCAGCACUUAUGAUUACAUCAUAGCUCUGAGGGAGCAAGAGCAGGAGCAGCAAGGAGUUGGUGGUCAACAAAGUCCUCAAAUGUCAACUGUCAGCUCACUUACUGGAUUCAGCAGUGCGAGCUCCUUCACUACGUUCCAGCGUGGUUCGUGGUGCACACCACCACGCCUGUUCGUUGAAGAUCAGUUUGACGUAAUCCCACCAGAAACCGGUUCCGUAAGCUCACUUGGAAAGAAGAGUAUUAGAGAAGAACCAUCUAAGAGAAAGAAUCCUGGAGCAGUCAAAAUUAGUCCUUGGACAUUGGCGCGAUUAAAUGCAGAAGAGGUUUCCAAGGCUGCUGCUGAAGCAAGAAAAAGGUCCAAAAUUCUGAAGCCUGUGGUGAGACACAAUGAUGCUUUCAGACUAGAGCCAGAGAGCAGUUUUGGUAGCCGGGGUCGACAAGUCCCCAGAAUCGACAACAAACGGCGCGCUGCCAGCAAGCAGGGUUUCCUUCCAGCUCAGCCGAAUGUUGUGACUUCUUCUGAAAGCAGUAUAGAGUCUCCCGAUAUCCACCCUUUCCGGGUGUCUUCGUCAAGAAUCGAAGAGGCUAGACAGCUUGCUGGUCCUUCGGCUGCUGGUGGCAGUGUUGCAAAUUUGAACGGAAUUCCACUGUCAAGGUCAACUAGCGACGGGUAUGAAGCCUCAGGCGGGGAAGAUAGCGAUCAACUUCCUAGUAGAAUUGUUGAGAGAUCCACAAAUUGGACUAAUCUUCUUUUCAACCCUGAUCAAGAUGAGAGAGCUUUUAGGCACAAAUCUUCGUCCAACGUGGUUUAUAGCAGAAAAUUCUAACAAUAUCUGAUUUUGACUUAUGUUGGGGAAUUGUUGAUUCCUUGAUUUGUGAGCUAUAGGAUUUUCUUAAGCAUUCCUUAGCUGUGAACCUUGUUGAUGUUAAGAUGAUGUCCUCUAUUGAGUUUUGGAGGGAGGAUCAAGCAUUCAAGCGUGAUGGAGAUAUUUUUGGAACCAAUGUACAAAGUUGUAGGUUAACAACGGUAACUGGUGAGGUUUAGCAUCCUAGUGCAUUUUUAUUUAUGCUUUGUUUUGUGCUCUGCUUUUCUUUGCUUUGUUUUUGUGCAUUUUUCAUUUUUUUGUGUCUAAACAAUGCAGAAUGCCAAAUAGGUUGCAUUUAUCAAGAGUUCAGCUGGCUAUAUUCGUAUUAGAUUUAGGAGUUAUGACCAAUUGUCCUUAGACUCUUCAAUAUCGUGUUCAUGAUUUAGAGAUGUAUCUCUCAUCUUUGAUUUCUCUCAAAACAAAGGGAUAUUUAUUUGUUGACUC